UGAGACUCAGAAUGACACAAUGAGGGAGACAACAGAGAAACUGAGGGAGACACUCAUUUAUUCCUUCAUUCAUUUACUGACUCAGCAGAUAGUUAUUGGGUACCAGCUGUGUCUGGGCAGUGCAGAUCACAGACGCAAAUCCCUGCCCUCAAUGGGGCUGACAGGUCUGGUGGUGACAGCCCAGAAACACAUAAUGAGUAAAUCCCAUCCUUGGGAGCAAUCAGGGUUGGGGAAUAGGAGAAUAGGGGACACGCGAGCUAGACCCCCGUUGUCUGGGAAGGGGGCAGAGGUUCCCACCAGAAUCCUGGCUGCGCCUGCACUCCCCCUCUCACCCCAAGCAGGAUGUGGGAGCGGGGGAAAUCGGGAGGAGUCUGCCCCCAGGAGCCGCCGGGACCAAACUGCUGUGGGGAAGGGAUUCAGGCUACCGCCAUCCCUGCCGAAGACCCCUCCUAACCCACGCUGUUGGGGUCCCUCGGCCGACCGGGAAUCCGUAGAGUGCAGCUCAGGAGGCUCAGUCGAAAGAGUGGCAUCAGCUCUCUCAGCUCCAGGCUGCGCUACCGUGCUGAGCUCACGACCAGGGCGCAGGCCUUGGGGCGGGCGGCCCAUGGAUCCGGGGCUGCUGAGGCCGGCGCCGGUGAGCGAGGUCAUCGUCCUGCACUACAACUACACCGGCAAGCUCCGCGGUGCGCGCUACCAGCCCGGCGCGGGACUGCGUGCCGACGCUGUAUUGUGCCUGGCUGUGUGCGCGCUCAUCGUGCUCGAGAACUUGGCGGUACUGUUAGUGCUCGGACGUCACCCGCGCUUCCAUGCACCCAUGUUCCUGCUCUUGGGCAGCCUUACACUGUCUGACCUGCUGGCCGGCGCCGCCUACGCCGCCAACAUCCUACUGUCCGGGCCACUCACGCUGCGCCUAUCGCCCGCGCUCUGGUUUGCGCGCGAGGGUGGCGUCUUUGUUGCUCUGGCCGCUUCUGUGCUGAGCCUCCUGGCCAUCGCCCUGGAACGCCUCCUCACCAUGGCGCGCCGGGGACCUGCGCCCGCUGCUGGUCGGGGGCGCACGCUGGCGCUGGCGGCUGCCACCUGGGGCGUGUCGCUGCUCCUCGGGCUACUGCCAGCGCUGGGCUGGAAUUGCCUGGGCCACCUGGACGCCUGCUCCACGGUCCUGCCGCUUUACGCCAAAGCCUACGUGCUCUUCUGCGUGCUUGUCUUCCUUGGCAUCCUGGCCGCCAUCUGUGCGCUUUACACGCGCAUCUACUGCCAGGUGCGAGCCAACGCACAGCGCCUGCGGGCGCGUCCUGGGGCUGUUGGGGGCCUCCCCAGGCGACCGCGCCGCACGCCGCGCUCGCUGGCUCUGUUGCGUACUCUCACUAUAGUGCUCCUGGCCUUUGUGGCGUGUUGGGGCCCCCUCUUCCUGCUGCUCUUGCUCGACGUGGCUUGCCCGGCACGCGCCUGCCCCGUGCUCCUUCAGGCGGACGCCUUCCUGGGCCUGGCCAUGGCCAACUCUCUUCUGAACCCGAUCAUCUACACGCUCACCAACCGCGACCUGCGCCACGCGCUCCUUCGCCUUGUCUGCUGCGGCCGCCGCCCCUGUGGCCGAGACUGGGGCGCCUCCCCGCGGUCCGGGAGCGCCGCUGGGGCUUCAGACGGACUGCACCGCUGGCUGCCCUCCGUCCAGGAUGGCAGCUCCAGCCGCUUCGAACGCUCGUCGCCCCAGAGAGACGGACUGGACACCGGCGGCUCCAAUGGCGCGCCCACAGCCGCCGGGACCCUGGUAUCCGCACCCGCAUCAGCCGCAGACUGACGCCGUCUGGCCCGCCAUUACCA